AUGAUUUAUAGCGGACACGUGUUGUCAGCACUGGGCGAUGUGGUUGUGGUCACAAUUAACUAUAGACUCAACGUAUUUGGUAUGCUAUACACGGGAGCGGAGGGCACAGCAUCGGGCAAUCAGGCCCUAUGGGAUCAGGCGCUGGCACUGGAGUGGGUCAGCGAUAAUAUCAAAUACUUUGGCGGCGAUCCCGAUAUGGUUACGGUGUUUGGCGAGAGUGCCGGCGCUAUAUCGACGGCUCUGCGCACACUUUCACCCUUCAGUUGA